CAUGCCUAAAGCUAGCUGUACCAUAACUAGCCUGCAUCAUUUGCGGCGCGCCUUUGCCUUGGACUGUAAAGUUGGAUUCCGUUCUCGUCCGUUACUGUACCUUUCUAGUAUUGCACUCGUAGAUUUGGUUUCUGGAAGAGAUUACAAACAUGGUUGCUUGUGAGCCAAGCUUGUGUGUGUAGUGCUGUACAGUGGAGGAGUUUAUGUAUAGGUGUCGUUCGACUGUUGCGUCUUUUUCACAAGUACAAUAUAAGUCAGGUGUAGUUGUAGUGCCUCGUUCAACAAUGCAGACCACGUGGUGGAGAUCUCAUCAAGAAUGGCGCAUUGUCUUUCUGAUCAUUCUGGCAAACGGUGCAUUCUGCUACGGUGAAUGCGGACCACAAAACAUCUCCGUCUACGAAGAUCCCAUCACCCUCAAGUCACCGCACUACCCAGACCCGUACCCCAACAACCUCAACUGCAUCUGGCGCAUCAAAGGCGAAUUGAUGAAACCGGUGACCAUGCGGAUCCAGGAUUUCGACAUGGAGGAAGGCUACGAUUACUUGGAGGUCGUUUUUCCUGGGGAGGAAGAGAAGCAUAUAGAGCUUACGGGGGAGGAUGUUUCAAGGCGGACGGUGACCUGGGAUGGUGAGGCCGGAGUUCUCAUGUUGGAAAUGAAGACCGAUCGAGACACCACAAAGCGAGGGUUCUCCAUGCUGAUAAGUCAUUAUCAGAACUAUACUGGAGACGAGGCUGAUUUGGAGGCAUUGUGUGAAACUGAUGAGUUCCAUUGCGGCAAAGGUUUCUGCAUCACCAAUUCGUCCCGCUGCAAUGGUUACCCUGAUUGCAAAAAUUAUGAAGAUGAACUUAAUUGUGCAUGCGGAGAAAGCGACAUCACUCUCAACAACUCAACAACACUGACUUCAGUGUCUUAUCCAAACAACCACCCCCACAAUGCACUGUGCAUUUGGUUCAUCACAGGUGAUGUAGGUUCUUCGAUAGCCUUCCGGUUCUCCGUGUUUGAUACGGAGAAAGACAGUGACAAGGUAACCAUCGGCAACGGCCACGCACCCUCCGAUGAUGACUCCAUCAUUGGUCAUUUUAGUGGUUCCCUGACGAGUCUAGUCGUUUUUUCCAAUGACCACACAGCGUGGAUGAAGUUUAUGAGACAUUCUUCAGGAACCAGGAUCGGAUUUAAUUUAACAAUCGCACAAGAAAGAUCUGAAGUUUCUUGCGGAGCAAAUGAAUUUGCAUGCAAGGAUACAUCCGCUGGCUUGACAUGUUUGACACGUGACGACACAUGUGGUGGUGAUGGUGAUGACUUUGCACUGCUGUGCCCAGAUGGAUCAGAUGAAUCAUAUUGCCGUGAAUGCGGACCACAAAACAUCUCCAUCUACGAAGAUCCCAUCACCCUCAAGUCACCGCUCUACCCCAAACCGUACCCCAACGAUAUGAACUGCAUCUGGCUCAUCAAAGGCGAAUUGAUGAAACCGGUGACCAUGCGAAUCCAGGAUUUCGAAAUGGAGGAAGACAACGAUCGCUUGGAGGUCAAUUUUUAUUGGGAGGGAGAGAAGCAGCCUAGAGAGCUCUUUCGUCUUACAGGGGAGGAUAUUUCGAGGCGGACGGUGACCUGGGAUGGUGAGGACGGAGUUCUCAGGAUGGAAAUGAAGACCGAUUUUUCCAGAAGACAUCGUGGGUUCUCCAUGCUGAUAAGUCAUUAUCAGAAUUAUACUGGAGACGAGGGUGAUUUGGAGGCAUUGUGUAAAACUGAUGAGUUCCAUUGUGGCAACGGUUUCUGUAUCACCAAUUCCUCCCGCUGCAAUGGUUACCCAGAUUGCACAAAUAACCAAGAUGAACUUAACUGUGGUCAUUGUGGCGGAAUCUCUACCAUCAAUGUGACCGACGGCCAAUUUUACGUUCUUCAAACAAGCUACGAGCUGGACGACAUCAACUUUCCACAUCAAACUUCAACCUGCGUAUGGCAUAUCACCGCCUCCGGGGGAUACCGCAUCAAGAUCACCUUCAAGGAAUACAUGCUAUCGGAAGACACUGCUUUAUCAUUCGGUCAUGGGGAAGUACUGGAUUCGAACGUGGAGGCAAUGAGCAGCCAUGGCACGCACACCCAUCUGUAUUUAAUUUCAGAAACUAACAAUCUGUGGAUAGCACUCAACUCUUCAAGCAUGAUGUCUGCCCACCAUUUGAAAUUGGAAAUCGAGGAACUAAGGCCAGUAGAAUGUAACGAAGAUGAAUUUGCCUGCCCAUCCGGCCUUGCCUGCAUACCACGGAAUCAAGUUUGCGAUGGGUACCCACAUUGCCCUAUGAAAGGGGAUGAAAUUGGCUGUGGGUCAUGCUCUGAGCAUCAGUACAUGUGUCCUGAUGGUGGUUGCAUUGAUGCGCUUCAGGACGUAUGUAAUGCGAUACCUGACUGUCUCGAUCUGUGGGACGAGAUGAACUGCUUUCCAUGUGGAGAAAGUAGCAUCACUUUCAACAACUCAGUGCAGACUUCAGCAACACUGACUUCGCCGUAUUACCCAAAUGACUAUCCCGACAAAGCGCUGUGCGUUUGGUUCAUCACAGGUGAUGUAGGCUCUGUGAUAGCCUUCCAGUUCUCAGUGUUUAAUACAGAGAAAGAACUUGACAAGGUAACCAUCGGCAACGGCCACGCACCGUCCGAAAGUGACUCAAUUAUUGGUCAUUUUAGUGGUUCCCUGACGAGUCUAGCUGUCUUUUCCAAUGACAACACAGCAUGGAUGGAGUUUACCAGCGAUUAUUCAGAAACCGAGAUCGGAUUUGAGGUCGGUAUCACACAAGAAAGAUCUGAAGUUUCUUGCGGAGAAAAUGAAUUUGCAUGCAAGGAUACAUCCACUGGCUUGACAUGUUUGGCACGUGACGACACAUGUGGUGGUGAUGGUGAUGACUUUGCACUGCUUUGCCCAGAUGGAUCAGAUGAAUCAUAUUGCCGUGAAUGCGGACCACAAAACAUCUCCAUCUACGAAGAUCCCAUCACCCUCAAGUCACCGCUCUACCCCAAACCGUACCCCAACGAUAUGAACUGCAUCUGGCUCAUCAAAGGCGAAUUGAUGAAACCGGUGACCAUGCGGAUCCAGGAUUUCGAAAUGGAGGUAGACUACGAUCACUUGGAGGUCGAUUUUCAUUGGGAGGGUGAGAAGCAGCCUAGAGAGCUCUUUCGUCUUACGGGGGAGGAUAUUUCGAGGCGGACGGUGGCCUGGGAUGGUGAGGCCGGAGUUCUCAGGUUGGAAAUGAAGACCAAUCGAGACACCAGAAAGCAAGGGUUCUCCAUGCUGAUAAGUCAUUAUCAGAACUAUACUGGAGACGAAGGUGAUUUGGAGGCAUUGUGUGAAACUGAUGAGUUCCAUUGUGGCAACGGUUUCUGUAUCACCAAUUCGUCCCGCUGCAAUGGUUACCCAGAUUGCACAAAUAACCAAGAUGAACUUAACUGUGGUCAUUGUGGCGGAAUCUCUACCAUCAAUGUGACCGACGGCCAAUUUUACGUUCUUCAAACAAGCUACGAGAUGGACGACAUCAACUUUCCACAUCAAACUUCAACCUGCGUAUGGCAUAUCACCGCCUCCGGGGGAUACCGCAUCAAGAUCACCUUCAAGGAAUACAUGCUAUCGGAAGACACUGCUUUAUCAUUCGGUCAUGGGGAAGUACUGGAUUCGAACGUGGAGGCAAUGAGCAGCCAUGGCACGCACACCCAUCUGUAUAUAAUUUCAGAAACUAACAGUCUGUGGAUAGCACUCAACUCUUCAAGCAUGAUGUCUGCCCACCAAUUGAAAUUGGAAAUCGAGGAACUAAGGCCAGUAGAAUGUAACGAAGAUGAAUUUGCCUGCCCCUCCGGCCUUGCCUGCAUACCACAGAUUCAGUUUUGCGAUGGGUACCCACAUUGCCCUAUGAAAGGGGAUGAAAUUGGCUGUGGGUCAUGCUCUGAGCAUCAGUACAUGUGUCCUGAUGGUGGUUGCAUUGAUGCGCUUCAGGACGUAUGUAAUGCGAUACCUGACUGUCUCGAUCUGUUGGAUGAGAUGAACUGCUUUCCAUGUGGAGAAAGUGGCAUCACUCUCAACAACUCAAUGCAGACUUCAGCAACACUGACUUCGCCGUAUUACCCAAAUGACUAUCGCGACAAGGCGCUGUGCGUUUGGUUCAUCACAGGUGAUGUAGGCUCUGUGAUAGCCUUCCGGUUCUCAGUGUUUAAUACAGAGAAAGAAGUUGACAAGGUAACCAUCGGCAACGGCCACGCACCGUCCGAAAGUGACUCAAUUAUUGGUAAUUUUAGUGGUUCCCUGACGAGUCUAGCUGUCUUUUCCAAUGACAACAGAGCAUGGAUGGAGUUUACCAGCGAUUAUUUAGUAACCGAGAUCGGAUUUGAGGUCAGUAUCACACAAGAAAGAUCUGAAGUUUCUUGCGGAGAAAAUGAAUUUGCAUGCAAGGAUACAUCCGCUGGCUUGACAUGUUUGGCACGUGACGACACAUGUGGUGGUGAUGGUGAUGAUUUUGUACUGCUUUGCCCAGAUGGAUCAGAUGAAUCAUAUUGCCGUGAAUGCGGACCACAAAACAUCUCCAUCUACGAAGAUCCCAUCACCCUCACGUCACCGCUCUACUCAAACCCGUACCCCAACAAACUCAACUGUGUCUGGCUCAUCAAAGGCGAAUUGAUGAAACCGGUCAUCAUGCGGAUCCAGGAUUUCGACAUGGAGGAAGGCUACGAUUACUUGGAGGUCGUUUUUCCUGGGGAGGGAGAGAAGCCUAUAGAGCUUACGGGGGAGGAUAUUUCGAGGCGGACGGUGACCUGGGAUGGUGAGGCCGGAGUUCUCAUGUUGGAAAUGAAGACCGAUGAAUCCAGAAGACAUCGUGGGUUCUCCAUGCUGAUAAGUCAUUAUCAGAACUAUACUGGAGACGAGGGAGAUUUGGAGGCAUUGUGUGAAACUGAUGAGUUCCAUUGUGGCAACGGUUUCUGUAUCACCAAUUCGUCCCGCUGCAAUGGUUACCCAGAUUGCACAAAUAAGCAAGAUGAACUUAACUGUGUUCCUUGCGGAGAAAGUGACAUCACUCUCAACUCAACGCAGACUUCAGCAAGACUGACCUCAGUGUAUUACCCAAUAAAAUAUCCCAACAACGCCCUGUGCCGUUGGUUCGUCACAGCCGAUGUAGGCUCUGCAAUAACCUUCCGAUUCUCCGUGUUCAAUACCGAGGAAUCCUACGACAUUGUGACCAUCGGCAAUGGCCACGCACCCUCCAAUGGCGACUCUAGUGUUGGUCAUUUUAGCGGUUCCCUGACGAGUCUAACUGUCUUUUCCAAUGACAACACAGCAUGGAUGGAGUUUACGAGCGAUAUUUCACUCACCAAGAUUGGAUUCGAAGUAACAAUCACACAAGAAAAAUCUGAAGUUUCUUGUGGACAAGAUGAAUUUACAUGCCGGAAUACAUCAUCUGGCUUGAUUUGUCUGGCGCUUGACGACACCUGUGACGGCUUUGCACUGUGCCCAGAUGAAUCAGAUGAAUCUAAUUGCGGUGAAUGCAGACCACAAAUCAUCUCCGUGUACGAAUAUCCCAUCAACAUCACAUCACCGCUCUACCCAAACCUGUACCCGAACGACCUCAACUGCAUCUGGCUCAUCAAAAGUGAAUUGAAGCAACUGGUGACCCUGCGGAUCAAGGAAUUUGAAAUGGAGGAAUCCAGAGAUUACUUGGAGGUCAUUUUUCCUGGGGAGGGGGAGGAGCCAAAACAAACGUUUCGUCUUACAGGGGAGGAUAUUUCGAGGCGGACGGUGACCUGGGAUGGUGAGGCUGGAGUUCUCAGGUUGGAAAUGAAGACAGAUGUAUCCAGAAGACAUCGUGGGUUCUUUAUUGUGAUAAGUCACACUGAAGAAGAGGAUUUGGAGGCAUUGUGUGAACCUGAUGAGUUCCAUUGCGGCAAUUAUACAGGUUUUUGUGUCACCAAUUCUUCCCGCUGCAAUGGUUACCUGGAUUGCAUAAAUUACGAAGAUGAACUGAACUGCGACGACAUCUUCUGCCCAGGUUCCUACAAGUGCAACAACCUCGACACCAGUUCAUUGUCUAUUUCCUUCACUGGCGACCUCCCUCGGGCGCAGUGCAUUCCAAUGACGCAGGUUUGUGACGGAGAGAAGAACUGCCCAGAACCUGAUGACGACGAAAUUCAGUGCGAUGUGAAGCGAUGUCCCGCUGGUUGCAAGUGUAGCUACAAGGGCACAGACUUGGUAGUCAAUUGCAACAAUGGCUGGGAUUCCUCGACAUUAGACGACCUGGCACUAAUAACACAUACUCUUCAGCUCUCCGGACUCAACUUUAGUGAGCUGGACCAGGGAAUGUUCAAAGCGUUAUCACAUCUCAAAGUGCUGUCAUUAAAAAACAAUGUCAUAUCCGAGAUACAGGAACGCACUUUUUACGGCCUGGAAAGUCUGUUGUGGCUGGACCUGUCAAAUACAUCGAUGAAAGAACUGCAUGGUUUUGCCAUGGAGGAGUUGUCCAGUCUACGCGGAAUUACGAUUUUUGAUGUGCCGUUGACGAGAAUCAAGACGAAUGCAUUUUCUGGUCUCGGCCACGUGAAAACGUUGAUAAUUGUCCGCAACAUUAAAGACCUACCACCACUUAUAGUAGAAGAUGAUGCAUUUCAAGGACUUGAUGAUGUGGCGGAGUUGUAUGUAGAUGACCAUCGACUGUGUUGUUUCUUCCCCUCGUCCGAGUGUAAGACGCUCGAGCCACAGCCUCCACUUUUCAUGUGCAGCGAAUUGAUGCCUAAAAUGGUCCUCAAAGUAUUCAUGUGGAUUCUUGGUGUUAGCGCCCUCAUCGGCAACAUCUAUGUAAUGGUGUGGCGAUAUCGGGAAAGGUCGAAGGGCAGAGAGAGUCGAAUCGUUCAGUCUUUCCUGGUGUUUAAUCUAGCUGUGUCGGAUGCCCUUAUGGGGUUGUACAUGCUGAUCAUAGCCAGCGCCGAUGUGUAUUUUGGAGAGCGUUAUUUUGAAGUGUCUAUGGAAUGGCGGACGAGCCCCAUGUGCAAGAUUGCUGGGUUUAUUUCCAUCAUCGGCAGCGAGGCUUCUGUGUUCUUUCUCACCUUCAUCAGCAUCGACAGGUAUCUUGCAAUCGUCCACCCGUUAAAAAAAUACAAUCUUUGUCCGGAGUCUUCUCGGAUUGCUGCAUUGUGUGUCUGGAUUGGUACGGUGAUCGUUGGACUGGUCCCAACAAUACUUGCAUCCGACUCUUCAUCUGAUGUUUACGGCCUCUCUGAUGUUUGCAUUGGGCUGCCACUGAUGACUAAAGUUACUGAAUAUGAGACGGUGGAUCAGCAGAUUGAUGCUGGGGGCGUGGCGAACAUCACUGUGGGGAUACCGUAUCCUGUCGAUUACCGAGCUUCCUGGUUCUUCUCCAUCGCUCUGUUCCUCGGGGUCAACCUUCUGUGCUUCACCGUAAUCCUCAUCUGCUACAUUGCCAUCUUCAGGGGUGUCCGGGCAUCGAGCAAGAAGGUGAACAGCAGUAGCCGGGACGAUGAACAGCGUUUGGCCAUCAAGAUGGCCGCCAUCAUCCUGACGGAUUUUGUCUGCUGGGUACCGGUCAUCAUCAUGGGUAUUCUGUCACAGGCCCACGUGGUGGAGAUACCAACGGAAGCCUAUGCCUGGAUUGUCGUUUUCAUCCUUCCAAUCAACUCCUCUCUCAACCCCUACCUCUAUACCAUUGCAGAUCUGUGCUACCAAAAACGAAAGUCUGCUUCUGUAAGGAGGAAGUCUGACCUGGCCAUGAAGAACACUCGUUCCAAUUCAGAGAACCGAUCAAAUAUUCCUGUUGUAAAAACUGUGACCUCAGAAACCCAAUUAAGUCAAUAGCAAAGAUGAUAUGGGUGAUGCAGAAUAUAAAUUCCUCCAACCCCAAAAUAGUUAGCUGUAAAGUAAGAUGCAAUGUCAUUUAGUUUAUAAAACAACAUUUACUUAUUGCCGGAUCUUUUUUGUUCAACUGCCAGAUUUAUUUCCGAAAUGUUUAUUAAUAUAAACAGGGUAAUACCAACAAAUUAAUGUAUACAUUAUUAUAUUGCAUCUAGUCUUUUAUAUACUAUAUAAUCACAUGUAGUCAGUUUUUGGUUUUAUUUUGGUAAAGUAAAAGGUCACGUUACAUCCCCUUCCUGGUGGACAAUUGGGGACAACGCUAUGAUGUCGCCUUUCACUGCGCAGAUCUACUCUUCAACUUGGUGUGAUUUUGAGCAUCUUGCAUCUUUUGUGAGGAGGACCAGUUUUGGUUGCUCCCAAAUGCUUUAAGAUCAUCUUGGAUGGCAUACAUGUACAUGUAUUUCAAACGUCUUCCAUGAGGUCCGGUACGUACAUGUACCUGUCAAGAGCUCUCUGAAUAGGACUUGUUUUGGGAACCUGUCAUCAUGUAUCCGUCAGACAUGUCUGUACCAUCUUGAGGACCUCACCAUGAUUGUAACUGUGCAGAGGCCAGCACGAUGCUCCCACAUUGCUUAUCUUGUGCCAAUAGCAGACAACAAAAAUCUGUCUGAAUAUGCAACGUUGGCCAAACAUUGUGUAGUUGUUGUGAGUGUUUACGUUCUGUGCUUCACCGUAAUCCUCAUCUGCUACAUUAAUUGCCAUCUUCAGCCGAGUCAGGACAUCGAGCAAGCGUGUGAGCCGCAAUAGAAUAGACCAGGAUUUUAAUAGCACCAACAGUGUACGUUGUAAAACAAGAAUAGAAUGUUUCUAAGCAACGAUGGUGAGACAUCUUUGUAGUUAGUGUAUUUACACAGAGUUGCUCAGGUUUCUGACAAGCCCUAACAGUCCCGAAUCCUCCAAUUUUAAUACGAUUUUGCACACCCCUUGCCUUUUAGUCUUUAAAAGAUAGUUACCUGUUGCAGCUUCUUAUUAAACUGCAAUUUUUUUCCAAAAUGUUUAAUAAUUGUAAAUACAGUAAUAACAACAAUGCAUACGUUGUAAAAAAAAAAAAA